AUGCCAGAUACAGUCAACCCUAUCAUACCAGGUUACGCGCCAGAUCCAUCCGUGGUAAAAGUUGGCGACUGGUUUUAUCUCAUCAACUCCAGUUUUCACUUUUUCCCCGGCCUUCCCAUUUACGCCUCUAAAGACCUCAUAUCAUGGCAGCAGAUAGGAAAUGCAAUCAACCGUCAAGCCCAGCUCAGCCUAGCAAGAUCGGAUGCAAACCUCGUUCCGGUGGACAAUGGUAAAGUUAUGAUCGCUAGUGGAGGGUUAUACGCACCCACGAUCCGUUAUCACCAGGGUACAUUCUACGUCGUCUGCACCAAUGUCAUCCACUUGCCCGGCGAAGAAAAAGACCUAACGGAGAAUUUCAUCGUCUCGACCGAUAAUAUCUGGUCGGACAUAUGGACCAACCCAAUCUACUUCGAAUUCGAUGGCAUCGACCCCAGUAUACUUUUCGACGACGACGGAAAGACCUACAUCCAAGGGUCCGCUGCGCCAGGGCCGUACACGACGAUCAAUCUCUUCGAAGUCAACCUCAAUACCGGCGCCAAGCUGUCCGAGGAGAAAGUCAUCUGGCGCGGCACUGGCGACAUCUAUCCGGAAGGACCGCAUCUGUAUAAGUACAAUAACUGGUACUACUUGCUCAUUGCGGAGGGCGGCACCCAUGAGGGACAUAUGGUGACGAUGGCGCGCUCUAGACACGUCUCGGGCCCAUACGAGUCCUGUCCUAACAAUCCGGUCUUAACGGCGCGUGGUACAGCAGAGUAUAUCCAGUACACCGGUCAUUGCGAUAUCUUCCAGGACGAGAAGAAUCAAUGGUGGGGGACCUCCUGGGACAACGAAUGGUUUACCUUCGAGCAAGUGAAGUUGAAUCCCAGCCUCCCGGAAGCCCGGUCGAGUUCAAACCUUACGGCAAAACCUGGCGUUGACCACCUCUACAUUCGAGAUGCCGUCAUGGGCAACUACCAGCUCACCGAAGCCUCCGUGACACUGACGGCGUCAUCGGUCGAUUUGUCACACCCUGAACUUAGCCCGACGUUUAUUGGCAAGCGGCAACGAAAGUUGCACGGCACGAGCAGCGUGGUCCUUCAAGGGAUUGAGGAGUCUUGGGGCUCUGCGAAGAUCAUGGCUGGACUAGCCUGUUACAAGGAAGAGCACCGCUACGUACGGAUCUACUAUGAUGCUGCGAAACUUGAGGUGGUCUUCGAAUUAGUCAACGCCGCGAAGAAGAUUGCAAGAAUCGAGAAACACAUCCUAGGGGAAGUUCCCCUCUCAGUGGCGUUCCGAAUGGACUACACGGAGAAAGAAUAUCGACUGUUGUACUCUGUCGAGUCCAGCACUGGGCAAGAUUGGACGUGCCUGGGAACAGUUGACACAUUGGAUAUGACCAACCCUGAUUUUACUGGUCCAGUGAUAGGCAUCUACGCUCUCGGACAAACGGAGGGUGUGCAAGUUCAGUUUGGAAGCUUGAAUGUUGACUGA